AUUGAUGAUAGUGACAUAUUGAUGAUAGUGACGAUAUUGAUGAUAGUGACGAUAUUGAUGAUAGUGACGAUAGUGACGAUAUCGACCGUGACCUUGAUAUGGAGCUGGAGCUUCUAACUAUGAUGAAUACGCUAACUAUGGAUAUGAUGCCAGAAAUAGACCGAUUUUCUAUUACCUUUCACUUCGAAUUAGCAAAAGCAAUGUCUCCUUGCAUAAUAUGGAUUCCUAACAUUCAUGAUCUGGAUGUGAAUGAGUCGAAUUACUUAUCCCUCGGUCUUUUAGUGAACUAUCUCUCCAGGGAUUGUGAAAGAUGUUCCACUAGAAAUAUUCUUGUUAUUGCUUCGACUCAUAUUCCCCAAAAAGUAGAUCCAGCUCUAAUAGCUCCGAAUAAAUUCAAUACAUGCAUUAAGAUACGAAGGCUUCUUAUUCCACAACAACGAAAACACUUUUUCACUCUUUCAUAUACUAGGGGAUUUCACUUGGAAAAGAAAAUGUCCCAUACUAAUGGAUUCGGGUCCACAACGAUGGGUUCAAAUGUACGAGAUCUUGUAGCACUUAACAAUGAGGCCCUAUCGAUUAGUAUUAUACAAAAAAAAUCCAUCAUAGACACUAAUAUAAUUAGUUCUGUUCUUCAUAGACAAACUUGGGAUUUCCGAUCUCAGGUAAGAUCGGUUCAGGAUCAUGGGAUCCUUUUCUAUCAGAUAGGAAGGGCUAUUUCACAAAAUGUACUUCUAAGUAAUUGCUCCAUAGAUCCUAUAUCUAUCUAUAUGAAGAAGAAAUCAUGUGACGGGGGGGAUUCUUAUUUGUACAAAUGGUACUUCGAACUUGGAACGAGUAUGAAGAAAUUAACGAUACUUCUUUACCUUUUGAGUUGUUCUGCCGGAUCGGUCGCUCAAGACCUUUGGUCUCUACUCGGACCUGAUGAAAAAAAUGGGAUCACAUCUUAUGGACUCGUUGAGAAGAAUUCUGAUCUAGUUCAUGGCCUAUUAGAAGUAGAAGGCGCUCUGGUGGGAUCCUCACGUACAGAAAAAGAUUGCAGUCAGUUUGAUAAGGAUCGAGUGACAUUGCUUCUUCGGUCCGAACCAAGGAAUCCCUUAAAUAGGAUUCAAAAUGGAUCUUAUUCUAUCGUUGAUCAGAGAUUUCUCUAUGAAAAAUAUGAAUCGGAGUUUGAAGAAGGGGGAGGAGUCCUCGACCCGCAACAGAUAGAGGAGGAUUUUUUCAAUCACAUCGUUUGGGCUCCUAGAAUAUGGCGCCCUUGGGGCUUUCUAUUUGAUUGUAUUGAAAGGCCCAAUAAUUUGGGAUUUCCCUAUUGGGCCAGGUCAUUUCGGGACAAGCGGAUCAUUUAUGAUGAAGAGGAUGAGCUUCAAGAGAAUGAUUCAGAGUUCUUGCAGGGUGGAACCAUGCAGUACCAGAUACGAGAUAGAUCUUCCAAAGAACAGGGCUUUUUUCGAAUAAGCCAAUUCAUUUGGGACCCCGCGGAUCCACUCUUUUUCCUAUUCAAAGAUCAGCCUUUUGUCUCUGUGUUUUCACAUCGACAAUUCUUUACAGAUGAAGAGAUGUCAAGGGAACUUCUUACUUCCCAAACAGAUCUUCCUACAUCUAUAUAUAAACACUGGUUUAUCAAGAAUACGCAAGAAAAGCAUUUUGAAUUGUUGAUUCAUUGCCAGAGAUGGCUUAGAAUCAAUAGUUCAUCAUCUAAAGGAUUUUUCCCUUCUAAUACUCUAUCUGAGAGUUAUCAAUAUUUAUCAAAUCUGUUCCUAUCUAACGAAGCGCUAUUGGAUCAAAUGACAAAGACAUUGUUGAGAAAAAGAUGGCUUUUCCCAGAUGAGAUAGUUGUUGCUAGCUGUUCCAAUAACGAAUCAUUGGUUUAACUGAAUAACUAAAAAAAAAAUAGAUAGACCUUUCUUUCUCUUCGUCUCAGGUCGAUGGAUCUUCUCACUUGAAAGAUCCCCUAUAUCGAUAAUACACAUUCCAGUUGACCGAGCCUAAUUCGAAUUGUUUUGUUCCGAAGCAAAGAGAUCCACGGGGCGGUUUGUCCUAUUCAGAUAUUCACAACCAAGAAGUAUUGAAUUUUAUUUUUUUUUUCGGAUAGGCCCUGAAAGGAGAAGAAAGGUUGGAAUGCCAAUAGGCGUCUAUAUUUUGAAUUCACCCGACCCGAAAGUACACUAUCCAUUUUUGGAACGUCCGGUGCCAAAGUCAUUGAAUGGGUAAGUCGCCAAUUCCUAAAACGAACUAUUUAAUGUACUUUAUCCGCCCGCUGGGCUACGAGUGGGUAUUUUACCAGAGGUUUUUAUUGUAUCAAUCUACCCCUGUGUGAUUCUUGUUGAAGCAUAUACUCCUCGGGGAGGGUAGGGUGCAGGGCGGACGAUUUCAAAACCGAUUACCCAUUCAUUAGAUAGAGAAGAUCACCAAGAUUUCGUGAUUCGCUGUCGAACUUAUUCCAAUUCAAUAAGAGAUCUCAAUAUUAUGCCUUGAAGAGGACUCGAACCUCCACGCUCUUUAGCACGAGAUUUUGAGUCUCGCGUGUCUACCAUUUCACCACCAAGGCAUCUUGAAAGUGAAUCGUAUUCCAUGAAUAUGAUAUCUAUUUAGUGUGAUGUAUGGAAUAUAUGACAAAGGUAGAGUGUUAGAGUCUUUUUAUUGAUUGGUCAUGUCAUAUAGGCCCGAGUCGGACAUCCAAUUGGUUCGAUUUGAAUUAUCCAGAGGAUAUCUUAUCUAUCUAUAUAGAUAGAUAUAGAUAGAUAUAGAUAUUCUAUCAAAAAAAAAUGGACUAAUUAAACCUAUUUAUCGAUUCAAUAGAAGCCCAAAGAGAUGAAUUGAAUAGGGUCCUAAAUAAUGAGAGAUAUG